CCUGGAAUGUUUGGGUGUGUCACUAGGGGGCGAAAAUGUUCCUUCUUGCACGGCGGAAGUGACGCAAGGUGUGUUCUUCACUGGCAAUAGGAAAUAAAGUGCAAUGGGUACUGCGCGUUAAACAUCCAGGAUUUUACAGAUGACACCAGAGGGUUCCCAUUGUGUUCAUUGACGUCUGUGGAGCAGAAAGAUGGCGAGCUUGUGGCGGUCCUACCAGGUGCUGAUGGGACGCCACCCCUGGACUGUGCAGAUUGUGACUGCAGGCACGCUAGUGGGCGUGGGCGACGUCAUCGCCCAGCAGCUGAUUGAGAGGCGCGGACUCGCCGGUCACAACGUACGUCGCACCGCCAAGAUGAUGGGCAUUGGCUUCUUUUUCGUGGGUCCCGUCAUUGGAAGCUGGUACAGAGUUCUGGACCGACUGGUGGCGGGAGGAAGCAAGAGUGCUGCGUUCAAGAAGAUGACCGUGGAUCAGUUAUGCUUCGCCCCAUGUUUUUUGGGGGCAUUCCUCGCUCUUUCUGGCGUUCUAAACGGACUGACAGUGGAGGAGAACGUCGCCAAGAUGCGCAGGGACUAUACAGAUGCUCUCAUCUCCAACUAUUAUCUGUGGCCGCCUGUGCAGAUCGCCAACUUCUACUUCAUCCCGCUGCACCACAGGUUGGCAGUGGUGCAGGUGGUCGCUGUGGCGUGGAACUCCUACUUGACCUGGAAGGCCAACAAAGAGUGACACACGCACACAAACACACGCACACAAACACAAUGUAUUGUUGUUUCUGCUGCUGGACCAGAGAGAACUUUGCAAAGUGUAAAAGAGCCACUGAAUCACUGCUGACACAUUCAACACCUCAACAUCUGAAGCACAUGCGCUUAUUUGUGGAUCUUACACGCACACACACAUUCACACACUUUCUCCUGGUUAGUUCCUGAAGAAAGAAAGUCUUAAAUGAUGUAGUUAUUAAACAGCUUGUCACUGUGAAACUGGAGGCGACG